AUGGAUGACGACGACCUCCACGGCGGCAACGGCAAGAACAAGCCGCCGCCGAGCUCGAGGCGGCGCCGCUGCUACUGCUGCAGCGGCACAACGGCGGCCACGCUGCUCAUGUUCCUGCUCACCAACGCCGUCUCCGUCGCCGUCGUCUCGUCCGGCGCCGGGCCCUCCCUCCUCCGCCGCUACAGCGGCGGCGGCUACAGGCCCGCCGCCACCAUCGUCCGCCUCUGGGAUGGCUCCGCGGCGCUCCACGCGGACCUCAACGCCACGCAGGCCGCGCUCGCCGCCGGUCGCGCCGACCUCGCCGACCUCCACGCCCGCGUCCGCACCGCCAACGAGCUCCUCCAGACGCUCCUCCGCGCCAUGCAGGACCACGGUGGCCGGGACCUCCCUGCGACGCCUGACGGCGGAUGGAAGCGCGAGCCAGCCGGCGAGCUCAGUCUGGCCGUCGCCCCGCAUCACAAGGUGGGCGUGGCCGGGACGGGGGAGGCCGUGUUCCCGGUGCUCGGCCACGCGUGCGUCCGCGUCCAGGACGACGUGGAGCGGUACAUGGACUACGCGCCCGGCGGGGAGUGUCCGUCCGACGACCCGCUCGCGCACAGCCUCAUGCUCAGCGGCUGCGAGCCGCUGCCGCGCCGCCGGUGCCGGCCGCGGUCGCCCAAGGGGUUCCCGCAGCCGUUGCCGCUUCCCAGGAGCCUCUGGACCACGCCGCCGGACACCACCGUCGUGUGGGACGCUUACGCCUGCAAGAACUACUCGUGCCUCGCGGCCGCCGCCCGCGGCGGCGGCAUCAGCGGCUGCGGCGGCGACGGUGGCGGCGGAGCAUGCUUCGACCUGCGGCGCGGCCGGGGGAAUAAGCAGGCCGACAGAUGGGCGCGCGACGACGGCGCGCUGUCCUACUCCAUCGACGCCGUGCUCGCGGCGCGGCCCAACGGCACGGUGCGCAUCGGUCUGGACCUCGGCGGCGGCUCCCCCACCGGCACGUUCGCGGCGCGGAUGCUGGAGCGCGCGCGGGUCACCGUGCUCACCGCGGCCGUCAACUCCGGCGCGCCCUUCGGCAGCUUCGUCGCGUCGCGCGGACUGGUGCCGCUGCACGUCACCGCCGCGCACCGGCUGCCCCUGUUCGACGGCACCAUGGACAUCGUGCACGCGGGGCGCGAACUUGGCGGUGGCGGCGGCGUGAUGCUGGAGUUUGCGCUGUACGACGUCUACAGGGUGCUCAGGCCAGGGGGCUUGUUCUGGCUCGACCACUUCGUCUGCGCCGCCGCGCAGCUCAACGCGACGUUCGUGCCCAUGCUGGAUCGCGUCGGGUUCAGGAAGCUACGGUGGAACACCGCCCGAAGAAAGGAGAAGGGCCAGUGGUACGUGUCAGCGCUGUUGGAGAAGCCCAUGGCAUGA